CUCCUAUAAAUAACACCAGUAGGUAGCGCCUAUCCUUCCAUCACCCAAUCCACUCCACAGCCUCUGGAGACCACCUCACACAGAAACAGAGGCCCCUUCUUCCUAGCUGCUCAAUCCUCCAUAGAUGGGCUCCCUGCGAAGCAGCACGAGCGCGGCGGUGGAGAGCGUGGACGCCGAGGCGGCGUGCGGGCUGCUGGCCUCGGAGCAGUACGGGUACGUGGACGUGCGGAUGUGGGAGGACUUCGAAAAGGGCCACGUUGCCGGUGCACGAAACGUGCCCUACUACCUCUCUGUCACGCCCCAUGGCAAGGAGCGCAACCCGGACUUCGUCGACCAGGUUGCGGCGCUCCACUCCAAGGAGGACCGGUUCCUUGUUGGCUGCCGCUCUGGGGUCCGGUCCAGGCUCGCCACCGCAGACCUCGCCGCCGCUGGGUUCGCGAACGUGAAGAACCUGGAAGGCGGUUACCUCUCCUUGCUCAAGAGUACCAGUUACCCGCAGCCGCAAGCAGCAAGCCACCAAUGAUCCAUCAAUUGAUUCUUGUGAGUUUGGAAAAAGUCCGUUAGUGACCUGUUUGUGUACUGUGUUUCUAUCGUCCUUCGUCUUCUGAAGAAGAAGAAGAAGAAGAAGAAGAAGAAGCAAGUCCUUCAGCUGAGGCGGACAGCUGAGAUUUAUUAAUAUCAAAGGGAAAACAAAGCCGUAUGUAUGUAGGUACGUAUAUUGGACUUGGACUUUGGACCAACCAAUUCCCAAGAAAUAAAAAUGUUUGUUCCCCGCAAAAAAAAAAUGUUUGCGUGUACAGCUGAGUACCUGUUUCACUGUUUCGCCGAGUCAGCUAAAUUAUACUUGUUUUUUCCUUUGUCAUACAAUUAAUUGAUUUGGAAGAAUUUCA